AUGGCAUUUAAUGUGUUAAAGGCAAGGCAGUUGGUGAAUCUAGCAGGAGUAUCCGUCUCCUACUUAAACCACAAUUCCUACUCCGAGCAGAGGCAGAUAAACGGGAUAACAUGUAGUGCCUGCACCUGCAAUCCUGCUCAGACAUCGAUCCUAAUGGGUGCUACCCGUGGUUGGCUCUUUGAGGCGCCUGCGGAACGCAAUACGCGUACCCUCGGGUUAUGUUCUGGUCGGUUGGCAAGCUACCCAGACGACUACGAUGCCCAGAUCGUCUCCGUUAGCUGGGACAUGCGGAUGUACCUACAUGAACGAAAGCCGGGCGCGAGAGAUCACCGGCGGCAAUCAUCUGAACGCCUGCGUCUGGCAGAAGCAAUAUUUUAA